AUCGUGUCCAACGAAGAGUGCGAAAAGAUUUACAACCAAUUGCCGCAGGACUACGACUUCCCGCCCGUCACCGCACGCAUGCUGUGCGCCCGACACGCCCAGGGCUCGACCGGUUGCUACGGUGACUCUGGAGGACCAUUGUUAUCUGGCACACCCGCUAAAUUGGUCGGUGUUGUGUCGUGGGGUACACCCAACUGCCCGAUCACCACACCCAACAAAAACCCCAAUGUUUACGCUAAUGUAGCCAAUUUGAAAGCGUGGUUGGACACUAAAUUGUUUGCAUAA